UGCCAUGGCGGGCGUCGGGCCCGGGGGCUACGCGGCCGAGUUCGUGCCGCCCCCGGAGUGCCCGGUCUUCGAGCCCAGCUGGGAGGAGUUCACCGACCCGCUCAGCUUCAUCGGCCGCAUCCGGCCUCUGGCCGAGAAGACCGGCAUCUGCAAAAUCCGGCCGCCCAAGGAUUGGCAGCCUCCGUUUGCAUGUGAAGUAAAAUCCUUCCGUUUUACUCCUCGAGUCCAGCGACUGAAUGAACUUGAGGCAAUGACCAGAGUGAGACUGGAUUUCUUGGAUCAACUGGCAAAAUUUUGGGAACUUCAAGGAUCUAAUCUGAAGAUACCUGUGGUGGAAAGAAAAAUCCUAGAUCUCUAUGCAUUGAGCAAGAUUGUUGCCAGUGAAGGAGGAUUUGAAAUGGUCACCAAGGAGAAGAAAUGGUCUAACGUCGGGAGCCGCUUGGGAUAUCUACCAGGAAAAGGAACUGGAUCUCUUCUGAAGUCCCACUAUGAAAGAAUUCUCUACCCCUAUGAGCUAUUCCAGUCUGGUGUCAGCCUAAUGGGUGUGCAGAUGCCUACUUUAGAAAUGAAGGAGAAAGUGGAGCCUGAGGUCCUCUGCCCUGAUACUCAGACUUCCCCAGAGUCGGGAGCAAGAAUGAACAUCCUGCCAAAAAGAACAAGACGUGUCAAGUCCCAGUCAGACUCUGGAGAUGUGAAUAAAAACACAGAACUGAAGAAACUCCAGAUUUUUGGAGCUGGACCCAAAGUUGUGGGUCUAGCAAUGGGAGCAAAAGAUAAAGAAGAUGAGGUCACCCGAAGACGAAAAGUUACCAACAGGUCAGACGCAUUUAACAUGCACAUGAGACAACGGAAAGGAACUCUGUCUGUUAACUUUGUUGAUCUGUACGUGUGUAUGUUUUGUGGUCGGGGAAACAAUGAGGACAGGCUGCUUUUGUGUGACGGAUGUGACGACAGCUAUCACACGUUCUGUCUCAUUCCACCGCUGCCCGAUGUGCCCAAGGGAGAUUGGAGGUGUCCUAAGUGCGUUGCUGAGGAGUGUAACAAACCCCGAGAAGCUUUUGGAUUUGAACAAGCUGUACGAGAAUACACGCUUCAGAGUUUUGGGGAGAUGGCAGAUAACUUCAAGUCUGAUUAUUUCAAUAUGCCAGUCCAUAUGGUGCCUACAGAGCUAGUGGAGAAGGAGUUCUGGAGGCUGGUGAGCAGCAUCGAGGAAGAUGUUAUUGUAGAGUAUGGUGCUGACAUCUCCUCAAAGGACUUCGGAAGUGGAUUUCCUGUCAAGGAUGGUCGGAGGAAGAUGUUCCCAGAGGAAGAGGAAUAUGCGCUUUCGGGCUGGAAUUUGAACAACACGCCCGUCCUGGAGCAGUCCGUUCUCGCGCACAUUAACGUGGACAUUUCUGGCAUGAAGGUGCCUUGGCUCUAUGUGGGGAUGUGUUUCUCUUCUUUCUGCUGGCACAUUGAAGAUCACUGGAGCUACUCCAUUAACUACUUGCACUGGGGUGAGCCAAAGACGUGGUAUGGGGUACCGUCUCAUGCUGCAGAACAGCUGGAGGAAGUGAUGAGGGAGCUGGCCCCUGAGCUGUUCGAAUCCCAGCCUGACCUCCUGCAUCAGCUAGUCACCAUCAUGAACCCCAAUGUGCUGAUGGAGCAUGGGGUGCCUGUGUACAGGACCAAUCAGUGUGCUGGAGAGUUUGUAGUGACAUUUCCUCGCGCCUACCACUCUGGAUUCAACCAGGGCUACAACUUUGCGGAGGCUGUGAACUUCUGUACUGCUGACUGGCUGCCCAUUGGUCGUCAGUGUGUAAAUCAUUACCGAAGGCUGAAGCGCCACUGUGUCUUCUCUCAUGAGGAACUCAUUUUCAAAAUGGCAGCAGAUCCAGAAUGCCUGGAUGUGGGGCUGGCCGCUAUGGUCUGCAAAGAGUUGACUCUCAUGACUGAAGAAGAAACGCGAUUAAGGGAGUCCGUUGUUCAGAUGGGAGUUCUGAUGUCAGAAGAGGAAGUGUUUGAGCUUGUUCCUGACGAUGAGCGACAGUGCUCAGCAUGUAGAACCACGUGCUUCCUCUCGGCUCUCACCUGCUCCUGUAAUCCCGAGCGGCUGGUGUGUCUCUACCACCCAGCUGAUCUGUGCCCCUGCCCCAUGCAGAAGAAAUGUCUUAGAUACCGCUACCCCCUGGAAGAGCUCCCUUCCCUCCUGUGUGGCGUGGGGGCCAGGGCGCAGUCCUACGACACUUGGGUCAGUCGCGUCACAGAGGCGCUGUCCGAUAACCUCAGCCACAAGAAAGACUUGAUUGAAUUAAGAGUAAUGCUUGAAGAUGCUGAGGACAGGAAAUACCCAGAGAACGAUCUCUUUCGGAAACUCAGGGAUGCUGUUAAAGAAGCCGAGACCUGUGCUUCUGUGGCUCAGCUGCUGCUUAGCAAGAAGCAGAAACAUAGACAGAGCCCAGAUAAUGGGAGAACGCGGACCAAACUGACAGUAGAAGAGCUGAAGGCCUUUGUUCAGCAGCUUUUCAGUCUUCCAUGUGUCAUCAGCCAAGCUCGACAAGUGAAGAAUCUGCUGGAUGAUGUGGAAGAGUUUCAUGAACGUGCUCAGAAGGCCAUGAUGGAUGAAACGCCAGAUUCUUCCAAACUUCAGAUGCUGAUAGACAUGGGUUCUAGUCUCUAUGUGGAGCUUCCUGAAUUACCCCGGCUGAAACAAGAGCUCCAGCAGGCUCGGUGGCUGGAUGAAGUGAGGCUGACCCUAUCCGAUCCGCAGCAGGUCACUUUGGAUGCCAUGAAGAAACUGAUUGACUCUGGUGUAGGACUGGCACCCCACCAUGCUGUGGAGAAAGCAAUGGCUGAACUACAGGAGCUCCUUACAGUCUCUGAACGAUGGGAGGAAAAGGCUAAGCUUUGCCUGCAGGCAAGACCACGGCACAGUGUAGCAAGUUUAGAAAGCAUUGUGAAUGAAGCCAAGAACAUUCCAGCCUUUCUUCCGAACGUGUUGUCCCUGAAAGAGGCCCUACACAAGGCUCGAGAAUGGACAGCAAAGGUGGAAGCUCUUCAGAGUGGCAGCAAUUAUGCUUACUUGGAGCAGCUUGAGAGCUUAUCUGCCAAGGGACGCCCCAUCCCUGUGCGGCUUGAUGCCCUGCCCCAGGUGGAGUCGCAGGUCGCGGCAGCACGGGCUUGGAGAGAGCGGACUGGGCGCACCUUUCUGAAGAAGAAUUCCAGCCAUACGCUGCUGCAGGUGCUAAGUCCCCGAACUGACAUUGGUAUAUACGGGAGUGGUAAAAACAGGAGGAAAAAAGUGAAAGAAUUAAUAGAAAAAGAAAAAGAGAAGGACCUAGACCUCGAGCCCUUGAGUGAUUUGGAGGAAGGACUGGAGGAAACAAGAGAUACAGCCAUGGUGGUGGCAGUUUUCAAGGAACGAGAGCAAAAAGAGAUUGAGGCCAUGCACUCCCUCCGGGCAGCUAACCUAGCCAAGAUGACGGUGGCGGGCCGCCCAGAGGAAGUCAGGUUUUGCAUUUGCCGGAAGACAGCCAGUGGGUUUAUGCUGCAGUGCGAGCUCUGCAAGGACUGGUUCCACAACAGCUGUGUUCCCCUUCCCAAGCCAAGUUCCCACAAGAAAGGCUCCAGUUGGCAGGCCAAAGAAGUCAAAUUCCUGUGCCCUCUUUGCAUGAGGUCCCGCAGGCCCAGGCUAGAGACUAUUUUGUCACUCCUGGUGUCCCUUCAGAAGCUGCCUGUACGGUUGCCUGAGGGAGAAGCCCUGCAGUGCUUGACGGAACGUGCUAUGAGCUGGCAAGACAGAGCACGGCAGGCCCUGGCCACAGAUGAACUGUCCUCUGCUUUGGCCAAACUGUCUGUGCUAAGCCAGCGUAUGGUGGAGCAGGCUGCUCGGGAAAAGACCGAGAAGAUCAUCAGCGCAGAACUCCAAAAAGCAGCCGCCAACCCAGACUUACAGGGACACUUGUCUAGUUUUCAACAGUCAGCUUUUAACCGGGUGGUGAGCAGUGUAUCAUCUUCUCCCCGGCAAACAGUGGACUACGACGAUGAGGAGACAGAUUCUGACGAAGACAUUAGAGAGACUUAUGGCUAUGACAUAAAGGAUACAGCCAGUGUGAAGUCCUCUAGUAGUCUGGAGCCCAAUCUUUUUUGUGAUGAAGAGAUUCCCAUCAAGUCUGAGGAAGUGGUGACACACAUGUGGACUGCGCCUUCGUUCUGUGCGGAGCAUGCGUAUUCUUCUGCUUCCAAGAGCUGUUCACAAGGUUCGAGCACCCCAAGAAAGCAACCUCGGAAGAGCCCCUUAGUUCCCCGAAGUUUGGAACCUCCAGUGUUGGAGCUGUCACCGGGAGCGAAAGCCCAGUUGGAAGAACUCAUGAUGGUUGGAGACCUUCUGGAAGUGUCUCUAGAUGAGACACAACACAUAUGGCGGAUUUUGCAGGCCACACACCCACCCUCAGAAGACAGAUUCUUGCAUAUCAUGGAGGAUGACAGCAUGGAAGAGAAACCAUUAAAAAUGAAAGGAAAGGACUCCUCAGAGAAGAAACGGAAACGAAAGCUGGAAAAGGCAGAGCAGCUUUUUGGAGAAGGAAAACAGAAGUCUAAGGAGACAAAGAAAAUGGACAAACCUAAAAAGAAGAAAUUAAAAUUAAACACAGAGAAAUCAAAGGAGCUGAAUAAACUAGCCAAGAAGCUAGCAAAAGAAGAAGAGAGAAAGAAAAAGAAAGAAAAGGCUGCCACAGCCAAAGUUGAACUUGUGAAGGAGAAUACGGAGAAGAAGAGGGAGAAGAAAGUGCUGGACAUCCCUUCCAAGUACGACUGGUCCGGGGCGGAGGAGUCUGACGACGAGAACGCCGUGUGCGCUUCCCAGAGCUGCCAGAGGCCCUGUAAGGACAAGGUGGACUGGGUGCAGUGUGACGGUGGCUGCGACCAGUGGUUUCAUCAGGUGUGUGCUGGGGUGUCUCCAGAAAUGGCAGAGAGCGAAGACUACAUCUGUAUAAACUGUGCGAAGAAGCCGGGGCCGGACAGCCCGGGCCACGCGGCACCUCCCGCCUUCAUCAUGAGCUACAAAUUACCAAUGGAGGACCUGAACGAGGCCAGUUAGCAGAUGCUGGCUUAGUUUGGGACACGGGGGGCUUGAACCACACUGAGAUGUUUAGUCAUCAAGUAGAGUGGUUUCGAUCCACUCGGAAUGUCGCUUCCAAAGAUGAGUGGCCUUCAGAGAAAGUGCUCCUAAGUGCUGCGUUCCUCCCCAUGGGGCUGUGUGGGCUCCGCUGUCCCACGGGGCGUGUCUGCGGAGGGCGCCGCCCAGGGUGCAGCAGCCAGUGUCCAGCGCUCGUCUCCUUCACAGUGACCUGAGUUCAGGUCAACACUUGGGUGGGCUGGUGGCCCUGGCACAUGGCCGUGCUAGCAGACAUGCAGGGGUGGCUUGUAGCUAGCUGGUGUUAGGGAGAGACCUGCAGGCAAGCGGCAGUACCAUCUCAGGGUGCUGAUUGCUUCCAUCUACAUAGUUGGGAUUGUCAGAGAGGAGACAGGGCACCACUUGGCUUCUGCUGUUAGCUGGCAUUUCAUGUUCUUACCGGGUCAGGUAGGAGCACCGGGCCGAAGUGACUCUUGAGAGAAGUCAUGGCACAGUCGCCAGCCGAGACCUGAGCGUGUGCCUUCCCUUCGUGCAGAGUGGGGGUGUCAAUGAGACGGAAUGGACUCGGGGAAGACGAGUUCUUCUUAAUCUCAAGACAGGGAGCCUGCUUCUGGCUUUGAAUCUACACUUGAGAGCGGGAACGUGGUCCAGGCUUCUAGAAAGAAGACGACUGGUAAUCAGAUCGAGUCUCAGCGAUGCAUGCUCCCCGGAAACCUCCACAUGCAAGUGUCACACACCACCAGGCUUCCCGCAUGGCCACGGGCAAGACCGGCACACAGCAGCUCUUUGCCUUGCGCCCCUGCGUCUGCGUCUGCGCCGCACGCAGCUUCUCGCCAUGGCCGCGGCGACGCUGCUGGGCACGCACAGCUGCGUCAGAAGACGGGGGGCCUGUCGUACCUCUGGGUGAUGAAGUUGUUUUAGUAAAUCCAUUUCUAAAAAGAAACAAAAGGACUUGUUUUUACUUUUUCUAAAUGUCUCUAUGACUACUGACUGUUGUAUAAAUAGAUUAUUUUUCCUUUUUUGAUAUGCACAUACGGAUAUAUAAAUACAUAUAUAUAUUUACUGUUACCAGCAGCAUAUGUAGUUUGGUUCGGGAGCUUGCUUUCCUCCGUCUUGUGGUUUGAUAAAUCCCAUUGCUUCCUUGUGGUGCAGUCCUCGCCCGUCCCCAUCUUCCGUCUCCCGUUGUUUUGCUCAGAUGGUUGCGUUUGCACGGGCGGACGUGGCUCUGUUCACUGGCAGGAAACGGGCUUUCUCCUCUCUGCUGGCUGGUUUCCGUCGUAUGUGAAUGUUUGUGUCUAUGGUGCUGCGUCCUCUGUGUCUCCCUCCUCCUCCAGGUGUCGGGAGCUGUAUGUAACUGUCAGAAGGGGGUUAACAUUUUUUUAAGGACAAAAAAAUUACUAAAAACAGUGUUUUGCUUUAC